CUGUUCGCCACCCUAACUAACGCACCUUACCAUCUUGGCUCUCCAGCUGUGUACCUGCUACUUGCCCUGGCAGUCCUCCCCCUCUUCCCCCUGUCCUCCCCCGUGGUUGGACAGUGGUAGCGCGGACUGAGCAGCUGGAGUGCGAUAGGGCAGGCCGGCAUGCACCUGAAGAGAAACCGACCCGCCAAGUCAUCCAAAGGGCUCCACCGGAGACACAGCGUGCACACCGACGCUCUAACAGCAGCGGGGAUAUAGCAGCAGAGCACCGGGCGGAUAUCGGAGCUGCAGCAUGGCCGGGGGAGAGACAGAGGCAUAGCCAAAAUGAAAGCCAUGUAAUUCCACGGACAUGAGAGGAGGGGAGGGGGGCAGCCAGCGUUUGGAUCAGACUUGUCACGGGUGUAUUUUUCUAUGGGGUUUGGUUUGGUAUCUUGUUCUCUGAAAUUCACCGAACACAGUAGCCUAGGCUACUUUUUUUUUUCCUCCGCCAACCUCCACUGUGUAGUUUAAAAGGAUGGAGAGAGGCGCACAUCAGCCGCAGCUGUCCAAAAGCGCACAGAGUCCGUCAGAGGACAUCUCCAAAAUCAGCGACGAGGACCUGCUGAAGUGGGGCAAAGAGGAGCUGGUGCGGCAGCUGCGGAGGGCAGAGGCUGGAAAACGGAGCGCCAUCGUGGAGCACGGCAAUCUGAUGCGGGAGGUAAACCGGAGACUCCAGCAGCACCUGAACGAGAUACGAAGCUUAAAGGACGUGAACCAGAAACUGCAGGAGGACAACCAGGAGCUGCGGGACCUGUGCUGCUUCCUGGACGACGACCGGCAGAAGGGGAAGCGUGUGUCGCGGGAGUGGCAGCGUCUGGGCCGCUUCAGUGCAGGCCUGAUGAGGAAGGAGGUGGCCAUCUACCUGCAGAAGCUGAAGGAGCUGGAGCAACGGCAGCUGGACAUCAUGCGGGAAAACCUGGAGCUCAAGGAGGUGUGCCUCAUGCUGGAGGAGGAGAGGGCCGCGGCCGUGGCUGGAGGAGGGGGAAGCGGUGGAGGCGUGGGUGGACAUGGAGGCCCCGGCCGUAGGAGCUCCAUUGACAGUCAGAGCAGCUUGUCCCAGCUAGGUGGUACUGUCCCAGCACCUGGCCUGCUGCGAGAUGUUGGCGAUGGGAGCAGCACCUCCAGCGCAGGGAGUACCGAUAGCCCAGACAACCCUCACCUCAAACCCCCUCCCCUGGGCUCCAACGCCAGUCCUGGAUCCAGAGGUGUCUCCUCUGAGCACGCCCCAAAACCCGAAGAUGUGUGCCAAUCAACAGGCAGGAGACACAGCUCCACCCCAGAGUACCACACCUUUCCCCAAUCCUGCCGCCCCCGUGGUGGGUCCCUCACCAACGGGGAACCCCGUGGCCUUUGGGGACACAGCCCGGAAAGACACAGCAAGUCCCCUACCAGACUGCCAUGUAACUACCACCCGAAUCCCUGCAACUCUGACCUACAAGCCCAUAAACAGCUAUUGUUAUCCGGGCAGGCGUCAGCAGGCUGUGGGAAGGGCACUGCCAAGUCCAGCCCAGAGCUGAGUCAGAGACAACGGUCAGUUACCAUGGGGCAGGGGUCAGGCUGUGGGAGUUCGGAGGCCAAGCUGGCAGGCAUGGGAACGCCUGAGCACCUGAAGAAAGGCCGGGUGAUUGUGGGUAGUCCAGAGUCUAUACGGCACCACCAUCACUGUCAGCAAAGCACCGGGCUGGAACACGGCAAAGGGACCUUUAGCAGUGGCUCCCGCAGCAGGGACGGGGUGCAGAUGAGGGCAGAGGGAGAGGAGAUGGCUCCCCACCACCAGGGUCUGUACAACGCUCUAAUAUCUGCUGGUUGCUGCACCAACUCCUGUAGGAGUGUAAAGCUCUGGGACAGCUUUGAUACCUCCUGAUCAUGAUAUGCCUCUUGAUCAGAUGCUGCUCUGACACACACCCCAGAGAGAGGUUAUUAGCAGAAUGGAUGGAUGGUUGGAUGGAUGAACAAACGAGUGGAUCCAGCUAUAACUGGAUGGAGAAAUUAUCAUGGAUUUCCAAAUCAAGCAGUGAGGGCGAGGGCGACAAAACACUGGAAACACUUAAACACUUUCUCUGCCCUGUCUGCUGCUGCUGCUGCUGCUAUGCAUUUCCCACGGACUACCAGAAAAGAUUAAAUGUCACUGUUUGGACGGUCAGAGGCCAAUCAUUGCAUUGCCAAAAUGAAGGGAGGAAAAUAAGACAGCUGAGAAUCUUUGUGUUGCCAACAAAAUAGUCCUACCUCUUUAAAAAGACAGAGACUGUCUGUAAGAAAUAACCUUUACAUGGAAGAGUAACACUGGAGGUUACGCCCCCCUUUUCUUCACAAUCUCUUCAUAAUAAAAAAAAUCACAAUGCCAGUGAUUAUUUUAAAACUCAGAACUUAGUACCCAAUAUGUGAUGAUGGUAACUGCUUUUACGAAGUCAUUGUGGACCUGGAAUUAAAGCACAUAAGAAGUUACUGAAUCAUUUUA